GUAACCAAGACUCUCACAACAUCGGGCUUAUGGUGAACGAAGCCGCGUUUGCUAGUUAGCGCUAAUUCUAUUGUUAUUACAUUUGUGUCUUCGCCCACAGUGAAAACAUGUCAGAUACGGAGACAAAACCAUCCAGCCAAGACGGUGGGGAUAAGAAGGAUGGAGAGUACAUCAAGUUGAAAGUGAUCGGUCAGGACAGCAGUGAAAUCCACUUUAAAGUGAAGAUGACAACACAUCUGAAAAAGUUGAAGGAGUCUUACAGCCAGAGACAGGGCGUCCCAGCAAGUACACUCAGGUUUCUGUUUGAAGGACAGAGAAUUGCAGAUAACCAAACUCCAAAAGAGUUGGGGAUGGAGGACGAGGAUGUCAUUGAGGUGUAUCAAGAACAGACAGGUGGACUUUGGAACGAUUAAACCUCCUAUCUCCUUAACCUUCUUUUUUUAUUUUGUAUUUUGCUUUUUUUAUGAAUGCAUUUUGUUCACUUUCAAACCAUCUGGAUCAAAACUGUCAGGGCUUCCAUGCAUCAGAAUGGAGAGGUGAGAAAUAGGACCAGGGCGAAUUGCAGGGACCCUCAUGCAGAUACCUUAUCUAUUAUAUAACGUAAUGAUACAACCGGGAAAUGUAAAGGAGUCUGUGUCGUUCAAGGAAGCCAAAUCCUGGGAUGUAACGUGCCAGGAAGCAUUGCACCAUGUGAACAAGUGGCAAUUUUUGAUGUACUUUAUUUUUGACAUCACAUUUCCCUUGUACAGAAUUUGAAAUCCAGCCCCAUUGUUUCCUUUAAAGGUGAUGUUAGUGCAACAGUUUGUAGGGCAGGCGGCUUAUGUUCUCCACAUUUGCGGCUACGUCCCCUAAAAUAAUUAUCAUCGGUAUUGAAAACAUUUUUAUGAUAAUGGUAACUGUGCUUGUACAUGUCGGUGUCGGUUUUAGAGCAUUUUGAGUGAUACAACCAUGUUUUUAUCUCCUGUGUGGUCGACUGCUCAUAUUGGAAGGUUUUCAUUAUGUAAAUAAAUACCCUGCUGCACCUGUUUGGACACACUUGGUUGGCAUGUGCUGCUUCUGUUGUGGCAGCUCCUUUUGUUGUUGCUGUUGGAAUCCGACUGUCCGUACUAUAAAGUUCCUUGAGAAGAUCGCCGUUAUUUUAAAUUUGAACACAUCUUCGUGCUUAGCAAAUCAAGAAUGUUUGAGAUGAUGACGCUGAAGUCAGUCUCCCAAAGUGGUGCACAUUAUUAUUAGCAAGGACUGAUUCCAGUCCCAAUACUGAUCUUACUUCUGAGGAACAUUGAUACAGAUGGUUUGAGAUUCUGCUGAUUUAGCUUUUUUCCAAAUAAAAUAUUUAUAAAUGGAA